AAUACAUUUAUAGAAUGCCGGAUAAAUGUGAAAUAAGACCGUAGAUAUUAUUAGUUUACAAGUUUGAGCAGAACAGUUAAAUGAGAUUAAUUAGUGAAACUGGAAACUGUAAAAACUUCAGAUAAUUUAUCAUAAUUAUGAAUUUCAUUAUUAUUAUCACAGGAUAUAUGUUGUUGGUUGGUGGUGUCCAGGGUUCCGUGAACCAAUCUGAACCUGAGACCAGCAGCAGGAGAAGGAACAGGAGAAUCAAGAAUAUCAAGCAGAAUACAAUCAAUUCAUUUCCAAUCUAUAAAUCAAGGACGGAUGAUUUCUCCGGGAUAAUACAACCUGUUGAAGAUCUAUCUAUUUGGAUAGAUGAGGAGCAGUCCCUGGACCAGGUUUCCUUGUUUGCUGGUAUCCAGCAUAUAAUUAUACACGUUGUAGCUAAUGGACUGGUCAUGCCACAUCUACUAGACAGGAACCUGGAGACCCAUCUACCUGUGAUACCAGCUGAGAUUGAAGAGAUAAAGUUCCGAUGGAGCGGAGGAGAGAUGAAGUAUAGAUACAACUUCUACAGGUUAGAGUCCCAUGACCAUGAUCUACUACUCCACCCUAGGUUAAAUAUACCGGCUAGAGGGAAAAUUCCUAAACGGGCAGGAGAGUUCAGUGUGAAACUGUUAUGUACUGGCAACUUAACUGGCAUUGCUUCUUUCAGUGUAGGUUUAGAGAUAUUUUCUAGAAGAAAAAGAUUAGCAGGAACCCCUCUUAAGCUCAGAUUAAGGAAAGAAUGUCUGGCCUUUGGUAGAGAUACUCUUUGUGAUAGAAAAUGUGGAGGACGUGGUGAAUGUGAUAGUGCAGGUGAAUGCGUCUGCAGGACGGGUUGGGAAGGAGACGAUUGUAGAACUCCGGUCUGCUCUCCACAGUGCAUGCAUGGAGGGUUCUGUAGUUCUCCAGGUGUAUGUGAUUGUCCAGCAGGGUUCCAGGGUCCCAGCUGUGAGGGAGGUGUUUGUACAGAAUCUUGUCUCAACAAAGGAAGAUGCAUCGAGAAAGAUACAUGUCGGUGUAAGCCUGGGUUCUAUGGAAGACGAUGUGAGUUCUCUAAAUGUGUUGUUCCUUGUCUCAAUGGCGGGGUGUGUAAAGGAGUAAAUAGGUGUCGAUGUGAGCCCGGGUUUGCAGGACAUCAUUGUCAGCUACUUCUAGAUGAUGAUACAGACAGUGGACUCUGUAGUCCGGAGAGUUGUGAAAGUAUUAAAUCCUGCAGAAACACACACUGUAGUUUUAUCAGCAGAAGAAACAGGAGUGAGAGGAGAGCUUGUAAGAUGACCCAUUGUGCUAGCUUACUUACCUGUGAUGUGGAUUCAUGCAAUAGGAAACUGAAGAAAUCAAGAUCUCAAGAAAUUGAAGGAUUUUAAAGAUUCUUAUUUAACCAAAUACAAGAACUAUAGUGGGGGGGGGUAAAUUUUUCAUAACCCCCCCCCCCCAUUGUCUUAAUUCCGUCAAGAGUCCCUGGUUUAAUGUGAAAGUGGGGGCGUUAUGAGGAAGGACAGGUUUUCACCAAUGAAGAUAAACCAGGAACAUACAUAGUUUUCUUUACAAAAGAGAUUAAUGCAGUUUCUCAAAGAAAAAUAGCAUACAAACCUGGUAUAAACUGCAGUAUUAAAGUGAUAACCAGAAAAUCUGGAAUAGGAACUCGACUUUUAAACUUUAGUUAUGACUCUUUAAAUAGUCCUAUGAGCAUGAGACAUCAAUUGUGAAUUUGUGAAGUGCAAAGUUAUGAAAUAACAAACUAUUUGCUUUGUUCACCAUCAAUUGCACUUCAGAUACAUUCUCCUAUUCUACAGUUUAAAGAUUAUCACUGUAUUUUUGUUUGUUUUUACUCAAGAAAAUUGCAUUACACCUUUUUGUAAACAAAAGUAUGAGCGUUCCGGAUCUUGGAGCUAGAUUGUGGAUAAAAUGACAAACCUCCCCCCCCCCCCAAAAAAAAAAAAAUUCUGGAGGGGGGGGGGAUUAAAUAUAAAUAAAAGAUAUAACGUAUUUUUAUCGCUUUUAUUUCAAAAGGUUAAAAUGAGAUUAUAUAGAGAGAGGGGUGGGCUAUCCUAUGGUCCCCUCCCCGGUUCGGACCAAAAAAGUGAUAUUUCAUAAUCUACUAGCUUGGAACCCCGCUUUCCCUGGGAACGUUUUAUGUUUAGAUUUUAUUUUAAAUGUAUUUGCGUCUUUGUUAGAAUUGUAUCUAAUGAUUUUGUAACGGUUAAGAUUGCUAUUUCUUUGAAAAUGUGCCCAGAUAUCGAGAUCAACACUUGAUCUCGAUCUUUUGCUAAUCUUCAGAUUAAUUCAAUCUGUAUUUGAUAUCCCACAUGGUAGUGCACCCUAGAGGAAUAACUGACAUAAAUGGAUUAAGCAUUUAUCCUAAAAUUAAAAGUGCCUACAGUGGAAAUCGAGAUCAAGCAAUCGGGAUUAUGAGUAACCAACAGAAAAGUUUCCAGCUCUGAAGUUAGAUCAAGUUGGGAUCAAGUAUUUUCCAGACCUACGAAUUAUUCUAAUUCCUGCCAGGAUAACUGAAGAGAUUUAUCCUAGAUAUUAUAAGUGUCCACAUUGGAUAUCAAGAUUAAUUGAUAAUAUGAUUUUUCACACAAAAAUCCUAUCUCAGGGCACAUUUUCUAAACAGUUACACACUUUAACAGGGAUAUUCUUGAUUUAUAGACUUUCAGUCCGCUUUAAAACAUGUUAUAACUAUGCAAUGAAAAAAAAUCGACUUUUUUCGAAAAUUCUGAUUUUUCAAAGGUGCGUCAGUUUUGUGCAUCUCAUGAUCUUAAAUUGAGUGCUUGUUAAGAAAUCAUAAUUGUUUGAUAAUUGGCAUGAGAUGCAUAACUUAUUUAUUCUUAAGCCUUCAACUUUUCUUCGUGAUUUUUCUUUACAAAAAAAACUUUUGAAUCUAAGACAUAAUACAUAAUAAUCAUAUAAUACAAUAUAUUUGUAAAAUGAUGUAUAGAGAAAUGAAAGUUUUCUAGAUGUGAAAUUGUAAAUAUAUAUAAUUAUUUUGUAUUUUAGGAAAUAUCUUAAAUAAAAUGUUGAAAUCGUAA